GGUCGAACACCGCUUUUGCAUGCUAUUCAUGAAGGAAAUAUGGAGAUUGUUCAGCUGCUUCUCAAAACCGGCAACAGUACAACUAAUGCGAAAGAUAAUCGAGGUCGAACAGCGCUUUCAUAUGCUGUUUCUGAAGGGCGUCAGGAGAUUGUUCAACUUCUUCUUCAGACGGAUAGCGUUGAUCCUGACUUGAAAGACGAGCAAGGUCGAACACCGCUUUGGUAUGCUAUGGAAAGGAGUCACAGGGACAUUGUUGAUUUGCUUUGCGCGACAGACUGCGUUGAUACUGAGCCGGUGGAUUAUUCUGGUCGAAAGCCGGAAGGAAAGUAUUGGUGA